AUGCCUGCGAAAGGCUAUAAGAGCGACCACCAUCUCCCACUCGAAGUUCUUUUCGAAAUUGUCGACAUAGCAGUCCUGACCCUCCCUACUAAUGAGAUCUUUGGUCUUUGGGGAGUAAAUGAGACAUUCGCAUACCAGGCCGAGAAGACUCUGUUCAGACUGCUGGACAGAGAGCCCAGGAAAUGGGACUCCGUUCCUCAUUCUCUGAGGGUCAAGUACCUGCACCGGAAAUAUGAUCCCAACCCGGACUCCUGCUACCUCUCCGCGUUUAUACAUGAAAUGCUUGCAUUGGAUACAGCCGCAGACAAGGAUGCCUUGAGGACCAAGCUAAUCGAGGGCAUUGCUCAUGGACACUACCGGCUUAGAUACCUCCUAGGCCCAAAGGUUGAAAUGCGAUCUACGCCCUGGUUGAAAUCCUGGAGUCAUGGGACACUCGCGGACGAUUUCAACGUUGUGCUCGCGUGCAGAGCCAUACACCGUCAAGAUGUCAGCGAGUUUCAAGCGAUAUUCCCCGCAUGCAACGCUGUAUACGGAUAUCGCUUUCAGCUAUCUAUCUUGGAGGAGGCUGCAAGGGCAGGAAGCCGAGAGAUCCUGACGAUCUUGCUUCCUUACACCAUGACGCAGGAGCUCCAUGCCAGCCAGACAAGUCGGAUAAACCAUGUGUAUGGGAAUGCCACUCGUCUCCGACCCGAGCCAGUCAGCGGGGGGAUUGAAACUGGGUUUACUCGUGCAUUGGUACCCAUUGCCAUCGCGAGCGAGAACCGUGCGGCACUGGAGGUGUGGUUCGAGGGGUUGAAGAAACUACCUGGACACACAUUCGAGGCUACCACAGUCAGCAUUAUGAAAACCCUGACAGCGGACCCAGAAAUCCACAAAAGAGAGCUGUCGGAAUGGUUCUGGAUGUCACUGUCCAACACGGUUACCAAUAAGAACAUACAGCAUGUCACCUUCGUCAGCGCUGUCGAGCACAAUGAGAUCGCAGUUAUCAACACCGUCCUUGCCGACGAGGACUUCGACCCAUGCUUCGUACACCUGGACAAAAGCGGAAACCUACUGCUCCUCGUUAUCAAACAUUGCAAAAACAAGUGGUAUAGGUCGAGCCUGGUCAAAGCCCUCCUCGAACGUGGCGUCCACCCCAACACCAGUAGGGUGAGCGACCCAACUCCACUCUACCAGGCCAUCAGCGAAGAGGACCUCGACCUUGUCUCUAUUCUCUUAGACUUUGGAGCAGACGUAUACCCGGCAUCUCCGAAUUCACCGAUUGCGGGUCGGCGGUCUCAGCUGUUGGUUGCCGCCGUGCUCCUCGGCCACUCCAGGCUCGUGAAGAUGCUACUGGACAAGGGAGUCUCGCCGUACAUCAAGGGGAACACAAGUAUCCACCGCGUCCAGCUUAUCAAUGGACCAUCGUCGGUUUCGCUAUGGGGUAUCCUGUGGCAGUUCUGCGGGUCGAACACUCUACGUCGGCAGAAGUAUGAUGAGCGGGUUCGUGCUGGUGCAAUUCCGCUGAAUUACUGGACACCUGGUCAGCUCCAUGCCUUGGCUUACUCUGGUGUCAAUGGGCCAACUGCGGAUAAGGAUGUCUAUGAGUCUCGAGUGUCGUAUAGGCUGUUGGAGGUUGAUGCUCAUCCGCCGCAGACUGGGACAGGGAGACAGAUCGCAGGUAGAUGA